UCAAUCUCAUUCUACGUUUUGCCACCACCACCAAAGCAACCACUGCACUGCCUUGACUCGACUCGACCAUUGGACUUUGUAUAUCUUUUUUUUAUCAAACAGUAUGUCUUUCACCUGUUUAGUUAAAAUAACAAAACAGUGCAGUUUUGUAAAUCCCAGCAGAUCAAUUAACCUGCUGAGGGAAUGCUCAAGGUCAUUAUCUUCAACUGCACAAGAUGGCAACGAAAUUAUUGUAGAGAAAUUGUCUGGUAAAAAAGAAGGAAUCACUGUUCUCGGACUCAAUCGUCCAGCGGCUAAGAAUGCUUUUAGUAGAUCGUUGGUAAAUAGAUUUACAUCUAUUCUGUCCGACUUGGCUCAUGAUAAACACACCAGAGUUGUGGUCUUGCGUAGUCUGACGCCUGGCAUUUUCUGUGCAGGUGCUGAUUUAAAAGAACGUCUCCAAAUGACCCCAGAUGAGGUCUCUAAAUUCGUGUCAACUCUGCGCUCUUUGCUUAUUUCAAUUGAACAGUUGCCGAUGCCUGUAAUUGCGGCAAUUGAUGGAGUUGCUCUGGGUGGAGGUUUGGAAAUGGCCUUGGCAUGUGAUAUGCGAACAGCAGCUGAGGAUGUGAAAUUGGGCCUCGUAGAGACAAGGUUGGCAAUUCUCCCAGGCGCCGGUGGAACUCAACGUCUGCCGAGACUCUUGAACCCUGCUCUGGCCAAGGAGUUGAUAUUCACUUCGAGAAUAUUCGACGGAUCAGCUGCCAAGGAGAUGGGAAUUGUAAAUCAUGUUGUUUAUCAAAACGACACCCAAGACGCUGCUUAUGCCAAAGCUAUUGAAUUGGCUAAGGAAAUCAUUCCAAAUGGACCUGUAGGUGUUCGUAUGGCUAAAAAAGCUAUCGAUAAAGGUAUGCAGGUUGACAUAGCAACUGGAUAUGCAAUUGAGGAGGCAUGUUACGCACAGGUUAUACCAACCAAAGAUAGGGUCGAGGGGCUAAAGGCUUUCGCUGAGAAACGAAAGCCAGUUUAUAAAGGAGAAUAGAUGCAGAUUGGAAUUUAUGUACAACUUAUAUUUUUUUUUAAAUGUUCUUGACAAAGUGCAAUUAUUGUUGUUUACUGAUUUUUUAAAUAAAUGGUGUUCAUUUUUACUUUUUUAAA